AUGGCCAGCAAGAGGCUCCUUUCGCUCGUCCUCUCCUUCUCCGCCCACCACCCCAUCGCGCUGGUAUACAACGAACUACACCCCGAGUGGAUCAAGAGCGUCGAAUACUUCCUGCGCUGGCGCGGCCGCCUCAAGUCCCUCACCCUCACCUACACAAACUUCAAGCAGCUCGACUACCUUUGCUCGCCGCUCAACCGCUCCUUCGCCUCCCUCACCUCCCUCACUCUCAAACUCCGCGGCUGUGUCGACAAAUCCUACCUGUAUGACGACCUGCCGGAGGACUGUGAGGACGGAGCUGAUGAGAUGUUCUGGGUGCAUGCAUUUGACUGCCCGGCGCUGCAGCGGCUGAAGCUCGGGCGGGGCAAGUGGAAUCUCCAGGAGGAAGGCUGGGCUGAGGAGUACCAGUCGCUGCGCAGCUUGACUCUCAAACACGUGGACUGGAGCUACGUGGAUGUUGAAUAUCUCGGCACGGUCACGCCGCGGUUGACAGAAUCCACGCUCUAUCACAGCUGGAGUUUGGACCGCCCAUCGUCCGGACCUGGUGGUGGGGGCGAGUUCCGUUUCGACUUGUCGAAGGCUCAAACCGUCCGGUUUUACUUCCCACAGAGAACCCUCACGCUCGUCCUCACCCUCUCUCGCUCGCUCAAAACCUUCACUGCGAUGGCAAAACAGCUUGUGCUCUCCUGCAAGAGCAGCACCCCUCUUGCCCUCCACCACCUCUCGCUAUACGGCCAGCAGCGGCUUGUCAUCUCCUCCCUCCGCCUCGCUUCCGCACGAGUUGCCUACCUCAACGGCCCUCCCAAAGACCGGCACUCACGCAAUGACCACCAUUCAUCCUACCUGGACUCUCCUGAAUUGUCCCCUGAAUCUUCUCCGGAUUUCUCUUGGGCCGAAUGGCUGGGCACUAUAGCGCCAACAGUGGAGGUGCUUAUAGUGAGGCAUGGGGUGCCUGUAGAGGGGGUUGAUGCGGAGUGGCCCUGCCUGCGCAGCCUUGGGAUUGUCGUGGAGAGUGAGGAGCGGUCUGAGGUGGAUUUGAAGGUUGAGAAGCGCCGGGAUGAUGGUGAGAGGGAGGUUACUGUGAAGGAAUAUCAGGAGCGCAACCAGAGGCUUCUGCAGCAGCAGUGGCAGCAGGAGCGGCAGCGGCAGCAGCAGUGGCAGCAGCGGCAGCAGCAAUGGCAGCAGCAGCAGCAGGGGCAGCAGCAGCAGAUUUUGCAGCAGCAGCAACAGCAGCAGCAGCAGGAGGAGGAGGAGGAGGAGGAGGAGCAGGAGGAGCAACAGCAAGAAGGCAGACCUCCGUUUAUCUUGGCUCCAAACUUGCGAGCAAUCUUCUUCCCCACCCACACAUGCGAGCAGCAGACCCUUGCUUCCCUCCGCGAAUUCUGUCCCUCUCUCGCCCUGUACUGCAUCUCACGCCGCUCGUUCUACUGGGACAAGCAGAGGAGGCAGUUGCCAGAUACUCCUAUGAUUCAUGUGAGGAAGGCGAGAAGCUGGGUGCCACGCGCUUGCUUUGCAGAGAAGCGACCGAAGAACGUGAGGGAGAAGAUGCACAGUGUGAAUAGGGAGCUGGUUGAUGGGUACAGUGUUGAUAAAGAUGAGGCUUAUAUGUUGAAGUACAAAGGGAGCCUGUGGAGCAGAAAUCAUUGA